AUGAUCUGCGGCUCCGACGGUGGUACAGCAGCGGCAAAUCAACAUGCGGCUGCCGCAACAACGGACAACGGAGUCGAGGUCGUAACGGCGGGCCCCACAACGGCAGCGGCAUCAACAGCAUCGUCGGCAGUAACAACAUCAACUGUCGUGGCCGCAACGACAUCAGCACACCAAACGGCAACGGGACAGACAAACGGUGGCAGCGGGGGUAGUGGUGGCGGAAAUGCAACGGUCAUAAGCGGUGGCGAGGUUUUGAAUGUAAGUGCCGCCGAAUUGGCCCAGAUGGUUAGUGGAGCCCAGGGUAAUGUACAAAUUACCACAACCCAGCCAUUGUCGAGGGCCACGCGACGCAUGUUGCGGGGCCAUGCCACCACAAAUGCGGCCGGGGAAAGGGUAUUGCUCAUCAAUUAUAUAUCACCGAAUGCGGCGGGUAACAACAACAACAAUGCCACUAGUCACUCUCAUGCCCAUGCCACUGCUGCCAGUAGUAGUAGUGGCGGUGGUGGGGGUCAUCAGCAGCAGCAACAUCACCACCAACAACAACAUCAUGGCCCGGCUGGUAUCAUUCAAAGCUCAUCAUCGAGUGGUGGCGGUCCAACCACCACCACAACACGUAGAGUCAUUCAAACUCGAUCCCAGCAUCAUGCUGGUGGCCAUGGCAAUGCCAACACCACCACCGUUCGCACAUCAACCGGCUCCACCCCCGUUUCAUUGGCUGGUCUAGGCUCUGAGGUCACCGUCACCCUGAAGAGAUCUAAUAAAUCUCAACAAAAUACCCAACAACAACACAUUGCCACCACACAUCAUGCCACAACAAGGACAACAACAACCACAGCCACAUCAGUAUCACCACCUCCAUUGGUUUUUACCACAACCACCCAUCACAGUGCCGAAGAGCUGCAGCAUCAUGAGCUACACGAACAACAACAACAACAUCAGGUCAUAAUACAUCAUCACACCCAUCCUGGAGGUGGAGGUGGGGCUGAAUAUCAAACAAGCGAUCAUCACCACCAUCAGCAGCAGCAGCAACAUCAUCAUCACCAUCAAACCUCGGCUGGUGUACCCCAUUUGAUGAGUAUCCAGACCCAAACCCAGGCCACAUCAGCGGACAUGGAUGAUGAAGAUCUCCUCGAAUAUAGUACCAGUAAUGUUGAUCAAGUUGUUGAGGCAGCCAUGUCCGUUGAAGAUGCCGAAGAUGUGGAAGAGGUUGUCGAAACGCAUCACAUCCAACAGCUGCAUACCGUGCAACUGCAGACCUCAGCUACGGGAGAGUGUCUCGACGACGAGGGUGAAGUGGAAGAGGUGUAUUUGCAAUAG